AUGGAGUUUAAUUAUAUUUUAAACCAGCUAGAAAAUGGUACAGAGGAAACGUUUAAAACUAAUUGCUUGCUUAUCUCUACAGGUAUUCGAGAAGGUAAAUCGACUAUUCUCGAAUUAAUAGAAUCUUUAGGGCGUUUUCUAACCGAUGCGUCGAUUUCUAAACGAGAAUUAGGCAUUUCUAUAUUGAAUGAAGUACUCAAAAGCAUUCCCAUCGAUUACUUGAGUACUCAACAAUUGGAAGUACUAGUUGAAUUCUACAGUAGUAAAUUUAAUGACCACCAUCAGAUAUUCCCAGUUGCCUUAUCAGGAACAUUAGUUCUACUAGGAUUUGAAAACUUUCCUAGGCCAAAAUUAAGUCACAUAUUAAGUGCUAUUUUCCAGCAUGUACCGUGUCAGCAACAACAAAGAGUGGAUAGGUUUACGAUUUUCCAAAUCCUGGAAAUUUGUAUAAAGAAUUUCAAGCAGGAGGUUCAUGAUAUGGAAAAUGUUUUUGUAUGUGGACUUCAUGAUGCUGUCGAUGGUGAAAGGGACCCGAGGAACUUGCUAUUUCUACUAAAAUGGAUGAGAGAAUUUACUAAAGAGUUCAAGUUGUAUUUCUUUACUGAAAAAAUUUUUGAUGCAUUGGCUAGUUACUUUCCCGUCGACUUUAGAACGCCUUUAAAUGAUAAUAGUAUAACUAGGGAAGAUUUAGCAAAUGCGCUAUGUCCAUGUCUAUGUGCUAAUCCAGAGUUUGGAGAUUCUUGCAUUUCAUUAGCUUUAGAAAAAUUGGAUUCUUCAUUAGAAAUUGCUAAACUAGACAGUUUAGCGCUAUUGAGAGAAGGGUGUUCUACAUUUAAAAGUUCUUUAUAUAUGGAGCAAUUUCCAAACAUAUGGCCCUUGAUACAAAAAGAAGUACUAUGCACUAAUUCACCAACGAUUCGAACAGAAAGUUUUUUAACUCUUCAAAAGAUUGUAUCCAAAAUUUCAACUGAGGAUUGUUUAGGACAUAUUAAAAAUAUAAUAGAUACGGUUAAAGGAAAUUUACUUCCAGAUUCCAAGUUAUUUCAAGUUUCGACGCAAAUUCUUAUUUGCACUGCAGCAGCCUCGGAAAAAUCCUGCAAUUUUAUCGUAAAAGAAAUUUUACCGAUAAUUAUGAAUAUAUACAAAAUGUGUGCUUAUGUGGAUCACAAAUCGCUGAUUGUCCAACCUUUAGUAGAUUUAAUGAAGGAAUAUUUCAAGUAUAAUAAAAGUUUAGAUGACCAAGAAGUUCCUGAUUUAUUAAAUGUUCCUUUAUUAUGCUUGGAUUUGCUUAAAAACGAUGAUACUUUAAAAAUCGGCUUGGAUUAUAUUACCGUCCUGAUACCUCAUUUGGAUUCAAAAAAUAGAGAAACUCUAUAUUCAGAGAUACAAAGGAUAAUGUUCAAGAUAAUUAAUGAACAAACAAUGCUUUCAUUAAUACAGUUAUUAAUCACUUGUGCUGGUUAUUAUCCUGAGGAGGUGAAAUGUAAAAUUUUUACGAUCGAUUCUCAGUCACAUCUACCAGAUGCAUUUUUAAGAUCACUGGCGCAUUUAGUGACUUUACAAAACUUCAAAGACUACGUUAUUAGUACUUACUUAGAAUUACUUAAAAAGAAUGUACAAUCUGAAACAGUAAUGAAGCAUUUGAGAUAUUUAGUGGAGCAACAACGAGAUAAUUACGAUUUAUUAAGGGAAUUGAUAGAAAAGAACGUUUUAUGUUGUAUUUAUGAUUCGUAUGUAAAUAGCCAAUUUUUCGAAACAAAUAUCUCGCAAGAUGUUUACACCAUUAUGACAUUGCUGGUAGCUCUUCAACCCAGCGAGUUCCAAUCGAAAAUCCUCGGCGAUUAUUUUGAAAGAAUUUUUUUACAAGAGAUGAAUGAGAAGACAUUUAUUAUACUGUAUGGUCUAACAGCAGCUUUAAGAAGGGAAGUUCAAUUGGACAAACGGGUGUUCGAGGUGGCUUUAAAAAUUUCUGAAACCAGCAAUAAUGAAUUCUUGGUACAUAUUGCUGUUCAGUUAUUAGGCAAUCUUGUGAACAAAAUUGAAGAUGUUAAAGAAUUUUUAUCUUCUUGUAAGAUAAUUACUACUCAAAAAUCUUUCCAAAGAGCUUGCUUUAUAACUAAAGGUUUAAUUCUUAGAAAUUACCCUGAUGGUUAUGGAUGGUUGCAUUUAAGCGUACGAAUAGAGUGCUUGAAAUGUUUGACUUUGUUCACUACUGUAUAUCCCGAAAUGUUACUAUUGCCAUAUAAAUCAAAAGUGCUUAAGCAACUGGCUGUUUGCGUGGAUGAUAAGAAACGACUCGUUCGAAAAGAAGCAAUGGAAGCCAGAGCAUUUUGGUGGAUGGUCGGAGAGAACGUGUAAAUACUUAACAUAUUUUUGAAGCGCUUGCUAGUUUUGAUUUUGGUAAAGUAUAAUUUUUUAAAGAAAUUAUCCGUUUUGAUUACCUGACAUGCCUACAACAAGUUCAAGUACGUAUCGUGGUGGAAUAGAAGCUUAGCUUUUCAGUAGAGCUUUACUUUUCUACCGGUAUGUUCGACACUAAAAAUAGUAAAAAAAUCAUCCACUUCGUCAAUUUCAUUGUGCGCGCAAAUUCAAC